AAACAGAGGUCAUUGACGUCACGUCUCUUCACUUUCUUAUUUUGUUUGGAUUUACGAGCGAUAGGAAAAUUAUUGAUAAAUUCUAAUUAAACUCACAAGAUCAUGGCUACCGCAGCUCCUCUUGUUGUCAGGUUAUUAGCUUCGUCAGUUUCAGUGGCAAGCAGAGCGGGUAAAAUUGUGCGCGAUGUGAUGAGCAAAGGGGAACUUGGUAUUGUAGAAAAAGGUAAAGAUGACUAUCAAACAGAAGCUGAUAGGUCAGCACAAACAUGUAUAAUUUCAUCUUUAGCAGCGCAGUAUCCUAAAAUAAACAUCAUUGGUGAGGAAGGCUCACCUGAGCAUGAGGGUGAGAUCCCAAGUGACUGGCUCAUAACAGAAGGGGAUGAGGAAGUGCUCAAGCUGGUGUGUCCCGGGAACCUGCAGGGGGUGAAGGAAGAGGAAGUGGUGGUGUGGGUGGACCCACUCGACGGCACCUCUGAGUACACUCAAGGUGCCCUAAUGUUGAAGAGAGAUCCAUGGGAAAGAUGGAAAACAUACAUGACCCACCCUUUUAUUAGUAUGAAGUGGUAUCUAAGCUUACAACAAUCAAACUAUGGUUUCCUUGAGCAUGUGACAGUUUUGAUAGGCAUAUCAGUGAACGAGACACCAGUAGCCGGGGUGAUCCACCAGCCCUACUACAAGGAGGGCUUGGGGGUGGGCAAGAAGCUGGGGCGCAACAUAUGGGGGCUGCAGGGCGCGGGCGUGGGCGGGUUCUCGCUGGCGCCGCCGCCCUCCUCGCUCAUCAUCACCACCACCCGCAGCCACUCCAACCCCGUGGUCGAGCAAGCGCUGCAAGUCAUGAAUGCUUCACAAGUGUUGAGAGUGGGAGGCGCUGGUUACAAGGUGCUACAACUUUUAGAAGGCAAAGCCUCCGUAUACGUGUUCGCGAGCCCCGGCUGCAAGAAGUGGGACACGUGCGCCCCGGAGGCGGUGCUGGCGGCGGCGGGCGGCGCGCUGACCGACGUCCUCGGCCGGCGCUACAAGUACGGGCCUGCCGAGCCACACCCCAACAAGACCGGAGUCCUCGCCGCCGUCAACCCAGAGCUACAUAAAUACGCGCUAGAGAGAAUACCGCAAGAACUCAAAGAUGCAUUAGCGAAGAAGUGAUGAGUUUAGGUGUAGGUGUAAUGUAUGUAAGUGUAAAUGUUGGAAAUAAAAGGUUUAUAUUUAACAAGUU